UGACCAGAUUCAUCAGAUACGGACCAAGAGUCUAACAAGAGAAGAGAACCAGAAAUAAAGAGAAGACAUCGGAGAAGAACUCGAGGUUGACGAACAAGACAUCAGAAACGAACAAAGAAGGGACAAAAGACAUCAAGAUCGCUAUCGUACCUCAAGAAAUCAGUAAAUCGCUGACACAGAUGCAACUAUAGCAAUUCUCUACCAAGACACACCUUAAGAACUCACCGAGAUGAAAGUUGUACUUUUACUGACAGUCCUAGCUGUCAUAGCUCAGUGUAUCUUCGCAGCCCCAACCACUCAGAAAGAAGUUCCUGAGGAGAUGCCUCCUCCUAAGAAACCGCAGGACAGCGUCCCACAACACCACGAACCCAUCGAUGAGGAUCCGACUCCUGGAGCCUUUCAAGGAGACAUGAUGUUAACAGUAGAUCAACUGAGACAAAUCGAAGAGGCCAUCGAUGAUCAGAAGGCUGGUCGUAGGAAGAGAAAAGCUGUCAUCAAUCAGAAUGCUCGUUGGACCUUGAACAUCGUUCCUUAUGAAAUCUCACCAUCUUCAAGUGGUGAUAGCCAGGUGAUUCGUGCAGCCAUGGACCACUGGGAACAGCAUACAUGCUUGAGAUUCGAACCACGAACUUCCUCGCAUGCCAGUCAGCUCGGCCAUAACACAUAUCUUUCUUUCAUCAAGGGUAGUGGUUGCUGGUCCUGGGUAGGAAGGGGUUCUUUUCAUGCUAAUGGCGAACAACAGAUAUCCAUCGGACCAGGAUGCGAAUACCUCGGUAUUGUUGCUCACGAGAUCGGACACGCCAUAGGGUUCCAUCACGAACAAUCUCGACCAGACAGAGACGAUUACAUCAAUGUCCACUUUGAAAACAUCCAAUCCGGCUUUGAAGGCAACUUCGAAAAAUAUGACUGGAAUUAUGUGACGACACGCAACGUCGAGUACGACAUCGGCUCCGUCAUGCACUAUGGAUCACAUGGAUUCUCAAGGAAUGGUCAACCAACCAUCACGACCAUCGAUCCUCUUCAGAUGCAUCUCCUUGGUAACCGAGCUGGUCUUAGUAACGCCGACAUCAUCCUAGCCAACCUCAUCUACGGGUGCGACAAUCAAUGUUCGGGCUCUGAGCAAUGUCAGAACGGAGGAUACCAUGAUGCUAACUGUAUAUGUGUAUGUCCUCCAGGUUACAGUGGUGACUUGUGUCAGGAUGGAAGUGAACCUACCACUACACCACCAUGUUACCAAAGAUUGACUGACACACAGGGAGAGAUUACGUCACCAAACUACCCCAGUAACUAUGACAACAACCAGGAAUGCAUGUACCUUAUUGAGGGAGUUGCAGGGAGUACAAUUGAACUGACAUUCGUCGACAUGGACAUCGAAAACGAGAACCUCUGUCGCUACGACUCCGUCGAGGUUCGCAAAGACGAUAUCAACGCCAUCGGAGAGAAGUUCUGUGGUAGCACCUUACCCCCUGUCCAGAUCUCUAGCAGCAACCAGAUGUUGGUUUCUUUCACAUCUGAUUACAGCAUCACUGGGCGUGGUUUCAAAGCUACCUACGUCAUCCAGGGUGUUCCUACGACUGAGGCACCAACUACCACCCCUGAAACAACUACCAAUCCUCCUGUCGUCGGAACAUGUGGAGGAAGCUUUGAUGACAACCAAGGUUCAUUAGCAUCACCAAACUAUCCCGAAGAUUACAGCUGUUAUCUCCGGUGCGUCUACGUGAUCGAAGUGGAGGCUGAUCGUCGGGUUGAGCUGACAUUCGCAGACUUCUCGCUGGAGGAUCAGAGUUCUUGCCGAUGGGACGCACUGGAGAUCGAUCUCGGAGACGGUGUCAAAGUUCCUAUGAAGAUGUGUGGUUCUGAGUAUCCAGCCGCUUCUUUGGUGUCAAUCGGUAACAGGAUGGAACUAACACUGAAGACAGAUGGGUCUGUUACUAGUCGCGGCUUCAGAGCAGACUAUCGUGCAAUCGAUCUGUAAUUCGAUCCCUCAUUUACCAACAAAUAUAGUAGAAAAAAAUGAGAUAAAAAGUAAAAUGCUUGAAAUGUUCCUUCGACAUUAUUAUUUU